AUGCCCUGUAUAGUCGAGAUGUUUAAGAAAUUACUUUUGGUCAUCCUCCUCUAUUCACCAAUGAUGACCUUUGUGUUGUCAGAGCUACCAGAAAGUUUUGAAUUUAUAUUGACUGAAGAUAUGGUAACAGACCUCGUCACCAAAUCCCCUGAUUCAGUGAAUUCAGAGCAUGAGCUUGCACACUUUCUUGGGCCACAUGACCCAGAAAUUUAUGUCAAUGGUAAAAUUCAAACCACCACAGCUUUUCUUCAGUUCUUCAGACAAGGUCUGUUCAAGAAAUUAAAAGAUGCGGAGUUUGCAAUAAACGUGAGUGGAAAGGUAAAAGAGGGAGAAGGCUAUAAAUUAGUAUGGAAAUCUGCUGCUCAGCGUUCUCAUGAUCAAAAAAUUCGUUGGGAUGAGGCUGAGGCAUAUAUUUGGCGGAGAAAGGAUGGCUCUUGCUGGCUCCACAGUGUAAAAUUUAUUAUGUCAAAGGCGGCACCAUAUGUUGCCAUAGACUAGAUGUAGACUAAAGGUUCGAACAAAGGAAUUGUGGAUGGUGUGGAAUCUCUCCAAUCACAUCAUGAUGCCCCUCACAACAGACGCCCCAAGGGAUUAGCCAAGCCAGCCUCUCACCCUUUCUUUUUUUCGGCUCCCAAGUUGUUAUCCUUUCCUUAUCAGCACAAUCAAUCACCACAUAUAAAAGCUUGAGAAUAUGAACUCCUUACAGAAGUCCUUUUCAACCUUCAGAAUCUUAUAUGGUGCUUUUCUUAUCAAUGUUAUCAAGGUUCUUGUUUUGAUUUAAAAAGCAUUUCCUGCCACCCCUUUUUGCCAGCCAUAUAUGGGUUGAUCUCUAC